AUGGCCACCUUGACACCAGCCCAAGUCCAAAUCAUCAAGAGCACCGUGCCGGUACUCGCAGAACAUGGAACGGCCAUAACCACUCGAUUCUACCACGACAUGCUACAAGCGAACCCGGAACUCAAAAACAUCUUCAACAACACGCACCAAGCGACGGGUCAUCAAGCGCAAGCACUCGCAGGAUCCCUGUACGCCUACGCCGCCAACAUCGACAACCUGGGCAAGCUGAGUCCCGCGGUUGAACUCAUCUGCCACAAGCACGCGAGUCUGUUUAUCCGCGCCGAUCAAUACGACAUUGUCGGCAAGCACCUGCUGUCGACCAUGGCGAGCGUGCUGGGCGCGGCCGCAACCCCCGAGAUCCUGGAUGCGUGGGGCGCGGCGUACUGGCAGCUCGCCAACAUUAUGAUUAGCAAGGAGAGCCAGCUGUACCGCUCGACGGCGUACUGGCCGUCGUGGCAGGACCUGCGGAUUGCCAAGAAGGUCAAGGAGAGCGAGGAGAUUACGUCUUUUUAUCUCGAACCGGUGGAUGCUGGCCAGCUGAAGCUGCCGCGGUUCAAGCCGGGGCAGUAUGUCUCGGUUAGGGUGUUUGUGGAGGAGCUGGAUGGGGGCGUGUGGCAGGCUAGACAGUAUAGUUUGAGUGAUGCACCGGGCAAGAGCUAUUUGCGCAUCAGUGUCAAGAGGGAGGCUGGUGUGGUGCUGGGGGAGACCAAGGACAUGACGCAUGUGGGGUACAUUUCCAAUCUGCUGCACGACGCAAAGCACGAGGGCGAUGUGGUGCAGGUGUCGCAUCCGUUUGGAGAUUUCCACCUUGCCGAUUCCGGGGAAGCGGGCCAUCAUGACGACGAUAAUACAGCUGUAUCAGCAGCAACAGCAACAGCAACAGCAGCAGCAGGAGGCCCAGUGGUGCUCAUCUCGGCAGGCGUCGGGGUGACUGCACUCAUGUCCAUGUUGAAUUUCUUGAUUGACGAGGCAGAUUCAGCUCGGCCCAUUACUUGGAUCCAGGGUGCGCGCAACUCGCAGACCAGGGCCUUCAAGAAGCACAUGGACCAGUGUGUUGUCGCGAACCAUGGGAACGUGCAUGCCGUCUACUACCUGUCACGCCCAAGCCAGGAGGAUAUGCAGGGCCACGAUUAUGAUAUCAAAGGCCGUGUGGAUCUCGAUCGCGUCGACAGGACAAUUCUCCACACGGACAACAGCAGCACAAUGUACUACUGCUGCGGACCCACAUCGUUCAUGCUCGACGUUGAGGCCCAGUUGAAGAGCUAUGGCGUUCCAAGUGAGCGGGUGAAGAUGGAGUUGUUCGGUACUGGUGGAGUUCCUAGGAUCUGA